UUGGCCCACUUCUCAGAUCCUGUCACUCUGCAAAUCCAGCAUGGCUGUAAGUUGACGCUUACAGCAAGAAAGCUAAAGGAAGCGAAGACGGUGCUGACCGCGCGAAACCAGAAACCGUAUCCCCAGAUCGUCCUUCUCGGGGACUCCCUCUUCCAGGGAUCUGCUGUCGUGUCCGACGGUUUCUCUUUCCAGGCUCAACUUCAGUGCCAUGUCAUGCGCCGCUACGAUGUUGUGAACCGUGGCUUCUCAGGUUGGAACACGGCAAACGCGCUCGAGUAUCUUCCCGACAUCAUUGCCCCGCCUUCGGAGUCGGGACCGCAGCUCAAAUAUCUUCUGGUACUUCUUGGCGCAAACGAUGCCGUCCAGCCCAUGGAGACUACAACGCAGCAUGUGCCGUUGGAAAAGUACAAGGAGAACCUGAUCAAGAUUAUUACGCACCCGAACAUCGCAGCACACAAGCCCGAGAAGAUUCUUCUCAUAACUCCCCCGCCCAUUGAUGAGAUACGCAUCACCGAGCUCGACUUACCCUGGGGCCACCCGAAGCCGACCAGAACUGCCAAGAUUAGCGCAGAGUAUGUACAAGCGGCCCGAGAAGCUGCGGCCGAAGUGGCCGGAGUGACGCUGAUCGACCUUUGGGAGGCGCUCCACGAUUACGCCGGUCGUAAGACCCCGGGCCUCGUCAAGGCCGGAGGUCCCUUGCUUGGUACUCCGGAGCUCGGCAAGCGAGGCGGUCUGGAGGCCCUGCUGCCGGACGGCCUCCACAUGAGCGGAGAGGCGUACAGAGUCUUGUACAAAAAGGUGGUGCCUCACAUCGGUCAGGAGUGGAGGGAUCUGCCGGAGGACGACCGUACGGGCUACAUACUUCCAGACUGGCGUGAUGUCAACCCAGCAGUGUGA